AUGAGCUCGGGACUUGGGCCAGAGAAGUUCACAGACUCGGCGGCGUACUGGUUGGGCCUGUACUUCUUCUUCAACCUGGGGUUGACGCUGUUCAAUAAAUUUGUUCUUGUCAGCUUUCCGUUUCCAUAUACUUUGACGGGUUUGCAUGCGCUAUCGGGAUGUGUUGGUUGUUAUGUAGCAUUAGAAAGAGGAUCAUUUACGCCCGCUCGCUUGACACACAGAGAAAAUUUGAUACUCUGUGCCUUCUCGGUUCUGUAUACCAUCAACAUCGCUGUUUCCAACAUCUCCCUCCAGCUCGUUACUGUCCCCUUCCACCAGGUCGUCCGUGCUUCCACACCCUUCUUCACGAUCUUGACAUCUGCAUUACUUCUCGGUACACGAUUCACGAUGGCAAAGAUGGUGGCUCUGCUGCCUGUUGUAGCGGGCGUUGGCUUUGCGACAUACGGAGACUACUACUUUACCGCCUGGGGACUGGUCUUGACCCUUCUUGGGACCUUCCUUGCUGCGCUGAAAACGGUCGCUACGAACUUGAUUCAGACCGGAGGAGGCGGACGAUUAAAGCUGCACCCCUUGGAUCUUCUCAUGCGCAUGUCGCCCCUCGCCUUCGUCCAGUGCGUCGUUUACGGUUGGUACACUGGCGAGCUCGAGCGGGUACGACAAUACGGCGCCACGCAAAUGACCCGGGGCAAGGCCAUCGCGCUGCUCAUCAACGGUGUUAUCGCUUGCGGGCUCAACAUCGUCUCUUUCACGGCCAAUAAAAAGAGCGGGCCUCUUACGAUGACCGUAUCAGCAAAUUGCAAGCAGGUCAUGACCAUCGCCCUCGCUGUCGUUCUCUUCGACCUCAAUAUAUCAAUAACGAACGCUAUCGGUAUUCUCCUCACGCUGGUCGGAGGGGUGUGGUACGGUAUGGUCGAGUAUCGGGAUAAGCAGCGGCGGCUAAGUAAGAUGGGACGAGCAUGA